CCGAUGUUAUCCAAUUUAAAACAUCGAUGACAAAACACCGAUGUUUUCUAGCUAAACAUCGAUGUUUAUUCAACAUCGAUGAAUAUCGACAUCCCUAAUUUAAAAAGUAGUUUAUUUUAAGAUUUCAUGAGGAUUAUAUGUGUUGCUUGUGUGAAUACAGUCUGUUUAGAAAUUAAUUUUGAAAGUAUUUCGAGGAUUGUGUUAAUGCAUGAUGUGAUCAUAUUUUAAUACCGCUUUGUGCUUUAAUUAACAAUAAUAGUGUUUGUGUAAAUAAUUCAUCUAAUUCUUCUUGACACGUUUGUGAAUUAUUGUGAUAUAAAAACUGAUAAAUUAUUAUAAUUUAAUAUGUCUCUUACUAUGACUAAAAAAGUUAGUGAAUGUCAGGCUGAAACUGUUCAAUUUUUGCCUGUGGAAAAAUUAGAAGAAAAAUGUAGCAAUACAGACAGUUACUGCACAAAUAGUACACUACUUAGACGUGGCAAAAAGUUAGAGGAUAAUAAUAAUCUAACCAAAGAAGAUUUAGAAUACAUCAACUAUAGGAAACUACUUAAAUAUGAAGAAGCACCUGAAUAUUUGCAGCAUAAUCCUUAUAUUAGGGAUGGUUAUAGGAAACUACUACCAAUAAAAUUAUGUUGGGAAAGCAUAUUCUGGUGGACAAACGAAACUAUGAAUAUUUGGACACAUAUUUUCGGUUUUUUCUUGUUACUGUUCCUUACCAUCAAUGAUCUUGUCAUCAUUAAUAUACAUGCAACAGUUACCGAUAAAAUUGUGGCUGGGAUACUGUUCUCAUGUUUUUUGAUAUGCAUGGCAUCGUCAGCUCUCUACCAUACUUUCUCGUGUCGUUCAGAGGACGUUUGCAACACGUUCCUGAUGUACGAUCUAUUCGGCAUCGCACUGUCAUUGCUGGCCAUUUACACAUCUGGUGUUUACUACGCGUUUUGGUGCCAUCAUGAAUUGAAAGCGUUCUACAUGACAUCGGUGACGCUGAUCUUCGUGAUGGCAAUGAUACUGCAGAUCCCGAGGUUAAAGGUGCCCUACCUGGUGAAGAUGUGCGUGUUCAUAGGAUGGGCGGCGUAUGGGGUGCUCCCUACACUACAUUGGACUUACGUUAUGGGAGGAUUCGAAAAUCCAAUGGUGCAGGUGAGAGUUUUUCCUUACUAAUGUAAUGUAAAGUCAACAGGACGUCAGCUUAUACUAAAGUGUCCCAUAAGGCCGGCUACUGUUUUUCGAUCACCAGAUGGCGCGACAGUCGAGAGGAUAUACAUCAUAAUACAUAGAUAAAACAUUUUAUUAAAAAUAUCGAACAUACCCAAUAAACACUAACCUCUCAUUAAGUUAUUUUUUCACCCUUCUUAAAUUUGCAUUACUUUUUCUUAGCUCCGUUUUUGUAAUUCAUAAUUGCUUGACUAAAUCUCAGGUACCCCAAAAUAAGCGCAGUUUUUUUAUUUCAAAAGAAACGCGCGUAGAUCACUGACUGACCUCACGCUACCCUAUUACUAGACUUCGCUGUUCGUCUGUCUGUCUGUCAGUGAUGAUAGACAAUUGAAAUUUUCACAGAUGAUGUAUUUCUGAUUUUUGUUUUUAUUAGAUAAUGGCACGGAAGCCUUUGUACGCGAGUUCGACGUGUACUUGGCUGGUUUUCUUUUUUAUUUUUAACAUACUAAUGUCCGAGAUAAAGAAAAAAAAACCUUAUUUGAUCCUCCA